UGUUCUGUGAAGUUUGGAUAUGGUCAAGGGGCCACACUUGGAUAUCUGUAGGGCCACAUGUGGCCUUGAAGCCGCAGAUUCCUCAGGAUAUUGGUGGCUGAGGCUCACCAAUUUAAGCAGUUGGUAAAUUGAGCUAUGGGAGAUUUCUGGCUGUAAAAAACUGGAUAGAUAUCACUUCUAAUUCCCUGGGAAGGCAUGCUGGCCACAGGGCCUUUGCAGCCUCUACUCAAUGUCUAAGGAGAUUUAGAAGUCACAAUGGGAAUUCUAUUCUUCAUUUCCAGUUGGCAACUAAGUCUAGAUAGUGAGGUGUAAAGAUAAUAGGUAAUAUUUGUUGAGUACUUCCAUGUACUAGUGUUUUUCUAGAUACCUUACAGGAAUUGUUCUAAAUCCUUAUAAGCCUCUGAGUCAAGUGCUCUAAUUAUCCCCAUUUUACAAAUGAGGAAACUGGUAGGUUAAAGCUACUUGUUCAAGGCUACACAGCUAGGAAGAGGAUGGAUGGCAUAGCAUGAUUCAGAUCUAGGCAGCCUGGCAUCAGUCUGAGCUCUUUUGCCUGCAGAUAUUAUGGAUUGCAGAUCUCUGUCACUAGAGAGUCAUAUCAGGUUGCUGAGUGUUAAAGGGAGAGCUUGGGUGACUUGAGGAUGUUUAUGGAAGGACAUUUAUUGAAUAGGUACCAAGGAUACAGGAUGAAUGACAAUCUGGAACAUGUAGACACAUUCUAGCAGGUCACCUCUAAAGUAUGGCCACUCUGUAAAAAGAGGGGUAAAGAUACUUUGAGAAAGAAGGGUGGCUCAUUACACUCAAGUACAUCUUUUUAGUUCUGAAGUUUGGAUUAUUUUUUCAGGAUUUGGAAAAUCUUCAGAUUUUCUCCACUGUGCUCGUUGAGUGUGGACAAAGGUAGAAUAGGGGUAAUUACAGUUUGUAAAAUACCAAGGCUAGACGGUUUCAAGAAGAGAUGUCAGGAGAACUGUGGGGACAUGACUGAGUUUAACAAUUAGGAGGCCAUUCCUGAUAAAUUUAAAGUGUUCAGGACUAGGCUAGAUAACAUGGAAUGGCUGAAAAUAAGGUGUAAAAGGAGGCAAUUCAGGGAAGGAGAGAGAAUGAUGAAGCAGAAUCAAGGGUGUGUGUUAUGUGUAGAGACGCAGUAUUUUUAUAGGCAGAAAAGAACCUGUGGAAAGAGGGAGCUGAGCAAUGUUUUGGAGGAGGUAGAUAGGCAAGUGAUCAAAUAAAUAUAUGUUUUUCCCCACCAGGCUACACUCAGGAAUAGGGACUGUUAAACUGAACUUUGUUUUCCCUUUCUGUCUUCCCAAGAGCACCAGGCAUCUUAAAUAUUCAGUAACUGCUGUAUUAAUGGAAUUUAAGUCGUUAGCUUUGGUCCCUCAGACUAUAUGGAAAAAAUAUUGAGAAAAAGAACUGUAUAAAAUGUUUUUUGAAAUAAAUUUUUAGUAAAAGGUGUGAAAUUGUAUUCCACCAUGGUCACAGUGAAGUAAGUAGUAGUAAAAGGCUUGUGCUGAGCAGAGGCGGUAAGAUUUGUGGCCUAAGGAUGGAGAAAAGUAGGAAGCUAAUUAGGGAAGAAUUACGUAUGUCUAAUUUCAUUUUUUUCCGAGACCAACCAUACUCCGUCACAAAGGAGGUUAGGUUUAGCGAACUGAACUGCCAGGAAAUUUGGUUCCCGAGGAAUUCCUUGCUGAUUGAAGAUAAAACAUGACAUAUUUCAGCGAGUAGCAAACGGUGAUAGGAAAGGUCUGCAUCUGGUCACAUAAGGACAAAAACGUGUCAGGUGAUUUGUUCGCCGGAAAUAUUUGUGUGUAAGGUGACUGACGGUGCCUUGGGACCCCAAAUUGAAAAAAGUAAGCUUCAUUUUCAAAUUGGCCGAGACUUCCAAGGUAACGCCUUCAGUUCAGCCGGAACUGUAAGAUUGGUCUUCUCCGGAGCUGCGGGGCGCGCCACUUCCUCCCUUCAAAUCCUGAGACGCACCGCUCUCACCAAUCAUGGGGCUCCUACCCUCCCAGGCUCUUAGUGCUACCCAAUCCGAAGCCGGCGCUGGUCCCCGCCCCCUCCCCUCAUGCCGCGAACAGACGUAAACGCCAGGGGCGCGCCAUACGGCUGGUCCGGGCGGUCGCUGGCGCAGGUCUGCGCGCACGCGCGCUGCUAUCGCUGCUGAGUCGCCGCUUCCCUUGGACUUUUCUGCUCCGCUCUUGGCACCUGUGGCGGGUAGCGGGCUGGACUUUGCUUAGUAAAACAUGAGGUCCCUUUCGACGCAGUCGUUUGGAGGACACCUGUUUAUAUGACAAUAUUUCCAUUUGUUGUUACUGUUUUGAGGUCAUUCGUCUGGCUUUUAUACUGCUCCAAAAUCAGCCUUUCCUCCAAAUUUCAGUUUUGUGUACAAAGUUUACGUGAGAUGGAAAAUUUUCGAGGAAUAGCAGAGGAGUCAUUUCCAAGCUUUUUAACUAAUUCAUUACUUGGUAAUAGUGGGACUUUAGAAAAUGUCACUCUUUCUUCAAAUCUUGGCUUGCCUGUUGCUGUUUCCACGCUUGCUAGAAAUAGAUCCAGCACUAUUGACAGGUAUCCUGAUAUCCAGGCAUCUUACUUAGUAGAAGGGAGGUUUUCAGUUCCAUCUGGAUCAUCUCCCAGCAGCCAGAGUGAUGCUGAACCAAGAGAGAGGUUACAGCUUAGCUUCCAAGAUGAUGAUUCUAUCUGUAGGAAAAGGAACUAUAUGGAAAGUCAGCAUUCGUCAAAUGCUCUGAUAAAACAGUCAGCUAUUCAAAGUGAUAUAGCAAGACCAGAGGAAGAUCAAGCUAAACCUACAAAAUCCUUUCAGGACCAGGAUCUUUUUGAUAGGACUUCACCACUGGAACAAGUACAAGACUCACCUAUUGAUUUUUGUUUACGAUCGUGGAUGAAUAAUAAGCAGCACAAGAUUGUUGUACUUGAUGGUGGAAAACAUUCUGAAGAUGGGAUUCCAAACAGUGACUUAAGCCACACUAGCUUAUUAGAAAAUGAGAAACUUAUGUUACCGACAAGCUUGGAAGAUUCUUCUGAUGAUGAUGAUAUUGAUGAUGAAAUGUUUUAUGACGAUCAUUUAGUGGCUUAUUUUGAACAACUGGCAAUGCCAGGAAUGAUAUAUGAAGACCUGGAAGGACAGGAACCUCCAGAAAAAGAUUUUAAGUUACCUAUCAGUGAUCUCACUCAGGCAAAUGAAAAUAGGAGCUUUCAGUCGGAAGAUAACAGCUGUCUGAUUUCCCAUGGCUCACAUUCUUCAGACACUUCUGAAACGACUCACAUAGAGUCUGAAGAAGGCCAAGUUGUCUGUCUACCUGUGGCUGAUAAUUCUAUAGGUACUGGAGAUAGUAGAAGGCAUAUAGAUGGUGUCUUACCAUUUUCCUCUAGCACUUGGAGAAUUGAGAAAGAAAAGGUAGAAAAUUUGAAGGGUAUUGGUCCAGAUCUUAGCAGAGAAAGUGCAAGAGAAGGUGUUUUUGUAAAGAUUCUCAGGGCUACCAAUGGGAAAUUGAACCCUGUUCAUUUUCAUGACACAAAUGUCAAUAAAGGUAGUUUUGACCUAACUGACCACGUAAAACAAGGGGCAGAGUCUCCUCAUCAAAGUAAACAUUUAGCAUCAGAUUCAGAAACAGUUUUGCAUGAGAAUGGAUGUUUAGACACUGAAACUCCUACAGUGUCCAUUCAAAAAAAUGUGGACAUAGCAUCUUUGAAGCCUAUUUAUGACAAAGAGAUUAAUUCCAAUGAUAUUCUUUGGUCACCAACUUGUGAAAGGCGAACAUGUGAAUGUUAUGAUUCCAUUGAGAAGAAUAAAGACAAAACAGAUCUCCCACAGAAUGUGGUCUAUCAAAAUGAAGAGGGCAGAUGGGUCACUGACCUUGCCUAUUAUACAUCUUUUAAUAAUGAACAAGAUUUAAAUACGUCUUUAAGUGAUGAGGUAAAUGAAGACUUCAGAUCUGGUUCUGAAGCAUUUGAUUUGAUUGCACAAGAUGAAGAAGAAUUUAAUAAACAGCAUCAGUUUAUACAGGAAGAAAACAUAGAUGCUCAGAACACUUCGAUUGCACUAGGGGAUACAUCCUGGGGAGCUUCAGUUAAUUAUAAUCUGUUGAGGAAAUCGUUUAGCACGUCAGAUUUGGAUAAAGACGAUGCCAGUUAUUUACGUCUGUCUUUAGGAGAGUUCUUUGCUCAAAGGUCUGAAGCUCUUGGUUGCCUUGGUGGUGGUAACAGUGUGAAAAGACCAUCAUUUGGUUAUUUUAUUAGAUCACCAGAAAAGAGGGAACCUGUUGCUUUAAUAAGAAAAUCUGAUGUAUCAAGAAGUAAUUUGGAAAAAGAAAUGAGUCAUCUUAACCAUGUUCUGUUUUCAGGAGAUUUAAAUGAACAGUCCCAGGCACAACUAAGUGAAGGAUCAGAUACACUUCAGGUUGAAGCAGUGGGGAAUAUUUCACAAGCGGAUGAAGAUGAUGUGACCUUAACUGUGGAUAAAGGGAAAACAGAGGACAGUUUCUUCAUAAACAGUGAACCCCAAAGUUUCAAAGACACGCUACCUGAGAGUGGUGAUUCUGUACUUAGAAUAAGCACCAUUGCUUCAGCCAUUGCAGAUGCAUCAGUUAAUACUGAUCCUUCCCAACUCGCUGCCAUGAUUAAGGCUCUUUCAAAUAAAACUAGAGACAAGACUUUUCAAGAAGAUGACAAACAGAAGCACUGUUUCAUUGUGUCUCAUUUCUUACCUAAUGAUUUAGAAAAAAGUAAUGGGUCCAAUGCAUUUGAUAUGGAGAAAUACCUUAAAAAAACAGAAGUUAGUAGAUAUGAAGGUGGAUUGGAAAACUUUUCGAGAGCUGGGAUGUCUGAUAUUUGGGAUUUAUCUUUGCCAAAAGAACAGACCACUCAAGACAUCUGUAUAGUGGACUUCGGUGCUACUAAUAUAAGUGUAAGGGAACCAAAAGAAAACAUAGCAGCUAUUUUUUAUGGUGAAAAUGGAGAGAGUGAGAAUCAACAAUCAUUAAGAACAACAACCUCUUCAAAUUCACUUGUUACAAAUAUAAGAGAGAAUGAGAAUGCAAUAGUUGAUGUGAAGACAUCUUCCACUGACAGCAAAUUCCCAGAUACUGGUAACAGUGAAAAAGCUACUUCAGUUUCCCCUCCACCAUCUAGUAGUUACUCAUCAGUAAGGAACCCCAGAAUAACAUCUGUUUGGCUGUGUGAAGAGUGUGAAGAAAUACAAGAUAGUAGAGAAAAUCAGAAGCAAAAUGAGUAUGUUAUUGAAACAAGCAACAGUGAAAAGCAUGUGGCUUUUGAAAACCAUUGCAUAGUUUCACCUAAAAAUGUUGAUUUGAAAAAUACCUCUCCUGAGUGUGGUAGACGUGGCUCAAAGGAUGACCAGGAGAGCUUCAGACCUUCCACUUCACCACUGAGUCAUUCUUCACCUAGUGAAGUUUCUGGAACAAGUUUAUCAGGGUGUGCUUUAGAGUCCUUUGGUUCAACAGCUCCUCAGAAGCCUCCUUGUGAGAGUGGGUUGUCUCAUGUGGCGUGUUCCCAUGCUAGUGUGAGCAGGCUGACUUACGUGUCUGAACAGGAGAGCACCUAUCCUACCACAGCCACAGAUUGCGGCCUGGAGGACAGCAAGAGUGAUAUCACCGGUGAAUUGAGCACUACAAUUAUUCGGGCCAGUCCAGCUCCAUCAGAAGAACAGGCUAUGGAAAAGUUGAGAGAGAAAGUUUCAUUUCAGAAUAGUGUAAAGGGAACAUUAUCAUCGAUUAUCCAGAACAACAGUGAUAUGAAAAAAGUAGCUGAAACUACUUCUCUGUGUAGCACACCUGAAGACAUAAAAUCUACCUUUAGAUCAUGUAAAGAUCAUUCCUCCAAAAUUGGAGAUCUGUUGGAAACCGAUGACGUAGAUUUGUCCUCAAACCCUGAGGAAUUGGACCCAGUCAGACUGGCUCUCUUGAGCAAGUCAAGUCUGAGUUGUGAGGCUGGGUCAGCCAUGCCACAUCUCCCUGUGUCACGCCAGGAGUCUGUGGACCAAGAGCAAAGGAUAACUUCUAAAGAUAUGUCAGCCGCCAGCAGUGAGUUCAGUGGCCAAGUUUCUCAUUGGACCACCUCUGGACACCAGUAUCCUCCUGCUUCCAGUGGUACAGAUCUUGGUUCUGCCACUGAGAUGCAGCAUGUGCCUGCCUCAGUGCCUGCACUCUUGACUCGACACUCUCUUAGCAUAGCUCCCUUUGCCCAGCAGUAUGUGGGAGCAGUCCCCUCAGCUGCAAGUGUUGCCUUGCCACAAUGCCAUGCUGACAGUGCCAACGUCUGUGGAUUCUCAGGAGGCUAUCAUUAUCCUGCUGUCACAGGAGAGCAUGUGCAAAACUCUGUGGCUGUCGGCAUUUGUGUAGGACCAAAUAUCGGCUCUGGAUUGACUGGUGCCUCUUCUCUUUGUAAUCCGUAUUCUAAUGCUUUAAAUCAGAACCUACUAAACACAGUGAAAGCUUUUCCUGUGCAAUCUGUUGGUGCACAUUGUUCAAUUGAACCAUGGGAUUCAGGAAUGACAUCAGGAUUUGGGACUGUGAGAGUACCUGAGGAACUGAAGUUUCCUCAUGCCUGCUGUGUGGGCAUCGCCUCACAGACCCACCUCAGUGUGCUCAACCCAACUGAUCGCUGGCUCCAGGUCAGCAUUGGGCUUCUCAGUGUUAGUGUUAAUGGUGGAAAGGUGGAUCUUUCAACAUAUCGUUGUUUAGUUUUCAAGAAUAAAGUCAUCAUAAGACCUCAUGCCACAGAGGAGAUAAAAGUACUUUUUAUACCAUCCAAUCCUGGAGUUUUCAGAUGUACAUUCAGUGUUGCUUCCUGGCCAUGUUCUGCAGGUGCUGAGACAAUAGUACAGGCAGAAGCUUUGGCAAACACAGUCAUCCUCAGUGCUAUUGCUGAGAGCCCUGUAAUCGAGGUAGAAACAGAAAAGACAGAUGUUCUUGAUUUUGGUGACCUGACUUAUGGAGGCUGGAAAGCUCUCCCACUGAAAUUGAUAAACAGGACGCAUGCCACUGUGCCAGUCAGACUGAUUAUUAAUGCUAAUGCUGUAGCCUGGCGCUGUUUCACGUUUUCCAAGGAACCCAUGCAUGCUUCUGUGGCAGCUGGUCCUUACGCUGAAGUGGGGGCUUGGCUGGCAGGCCCUUCUGUGGUCAGUCACAUGAUGCCUGCCAGUUAUGAUGGACAGGAUCCAGAAUUUCUGAUAAUUUGGGUUCUUUUUCAUAGUCCAAAGAAACGAGUUGGUUCUUCAGAGAUUCUAGGCUCAGCAGAAGAAUUCUUGGCAAGAGUUGAUGUAGAAGUUGACAGCCCAAAUCCAACACCAGUUCUUAGAAGUGUUGGUCUCCGAGCAAGAGCAGGAAUAGCUAGGAUACACGCUCCUCGGGACUUACAGACUAUGCAUUUUUCGGCCAGUGUGGCUUCCUCAACAAAGCAACACUUACCUUUGAAAAAUGCUGGGAAUAUCGAAGUUUAUUUAGAUAUCAAGGUCCCAGAACAAGGAAGUUACUUUUCAGUGGACCCAGAGAAUCUAUUCCUUAAACCUGGAGAAGAACAUGAAAUUAUAGUUUCAUUUACUCCAAAGGAUCCCAAAACGUGUGAGGAAAGGAUCUUGAAAAUAUUUGUGCAGCCAUUUGGACCUCAGUAUGAAGUAGUGUUAAAAGGUCAAGUAGUUUCUUCAGGAAGUAAACCUCUGCCACCUGGAUCUUGCAGCUCAGAUAUUCCAUCAAUUUUGUCCAACAAACAAUUUCUGGCUUGGGGAGGUGUUCCUCUUGGUAGAACACAGCUUCAGAAACUAGCUUUAAGAAAUGAUUCUACAUCUACCGCCCAACAUCUACGACUUCUUAUUAGAGGACAAGAUCAGGACUGCUUUCAGCUCCAGAACACUUUUGGUCCUGAAGAGCGAUUGACCAGUAACUGUGAGAUCAGAAUUCACCCAAAAGAAGACAUCAUCAUCUCUGUAUUAUUUGCACCUACUCGAUUAUCUUGUAUGUUGGCUAAACUAGAAAUCAAACAACUUGGAUAUCGAUCACAACCAGGCAUUAAGUUCACAAUACCUUUGUCUGGAUAUGGAGGAACAAGUAAUCUUAUUUUGGAAGGUGUUAAAAAAUUAUCUGACAGUUACAUGAUAACAGCGAAUGACUUAAUACCUGGCAAAGAAAGUAGAAUUGUUUUUUCUGUCCGCAACACUGGCUCUCGAGCAGCUUUUGUUAAAGCAGUAGGUUUUAAGGAUUCUCAGAAAAAGGUUUUGCUGGAUCCUAAAAUAUUGAGGAUUUUUCCAGAAAAAUUUGUGCUCAAGGAAAGAACACAAGAAGAUGUUACUUUAAUAUAUAAUCCAUCAGACAGAGAGAGUAAUUGUAAAACUGCAACAGAACUGUCAACUGUAUACUUCUUUGGUGGAGAUGAAAUCUCAAGACAGCAGUAUCGAAGAGCCCUGUUGCAUAAACCAGGGAUUAUAAAACAGAUACUUCCAGAACAUAGUGUGCUACAAACUAUUAAUUUUGCUGAAGCAUUUCAAGAUGAACUACUAGUAACUGAAGUGUAUGAUCUUCCCCAGCGGCCGACUGAUGUUCAGCUUUUUUAUGGAAACAUGUGUAAAAUUAUUCUUUCAGUAAUUGGAGAAUUCAGAGAUUGCAUUUCUAGCAGAGAAUUUCUUCAGUUUUCUUCCAAAGCUAGUUUAGAAUCUAAAAGUGACUUAGGAACUUCUGGAAAACAUAGUGGCAAUGUCUCUUUGGAUGUUUUACCGGUUAGAGGUCCUCAAGGUUCUCUUUUUUCACAAGCCGCUCACCCACCUCAGGAUAAAUCAGCCUCUGGAGAGAUGUGGACCAUCCAGCCUGAACACCUGAUUUUGGUAGCUCCUUCUCCUUGCGACAUGGCAAAAACUACAUGUUUCCAGAUUGUAAAUCAUUCUGCUAGGUUACUGAAAUUUGAGCUGUGUUGGCCAGCACAUUGUCUUACAGUCACACCACAACAUGGAUUUAUUGCCGCAGAGAGUAAACUACAAAUUCUUGUGAGUCCUAAUUCCUCCUUAUCCACAAAACAGUCAGUGUUCCCGUGGAGUGGUUUGAUUUAUGUACACUGUGACCAUGGACAGAAGAAAAUUGUAAAAGUUCAAGUUCGAGAAGAUUUGACUCAAGAAGAAUUUUUAACUCGUUUGGCCUCCAAACCUUUUGGAAUUCUUCCCCCAGUGUCUGAGCCUUCAGUUAGUCAUUUGGCAAAACCAAUGACAAAACCACCUUCCACAAAAGUUGAAAUAAGAAACAAGACUGUUACUUUUCCUACAACAGAACCUGGUAAAACUUCAGAGAACUAUAUGGAACUGGAGAAUCAUGGCACCACUGCCGCCAAGUGGCAUCUAUCAUCUCUAGCUCCACCUUACGUCAAGGGAGUGGAUGAAAGUGGAGAUGUUUUUAGAGCUACCUAUGCAGCAUUCAGAUGUUCUCCUAUUUCUGGUAUACUGGAAAGCCAUGGAAUCCAAAAGGUCUCCAUCACAUUUUUGCCCAGAGAUAGAGGGGAUUAUGCCCAAUUUUGGGACGUUGAAUGUCACCCACUUAAAGAGCCUCACAUAAAACACACGUUGAGAUUUCAGCUCUCUGGACAAAGUGCCAAAGCAGAAAAUCAGCCUGAACAUGCAUGCGUGUCUACAGAUUCUCUCAUUAAAAUAGAUAAUUUAGUUAAGCCCCGAAGACAAGCUGUGUCAGAGGCUUCUGCUCUUAUACCUGACAGGCAGCUCAGUGUGACCCACCGUGGAGUUUAUGCCCCAGAAGAUGUGUACAGGUUUCUGCCAACUAGAGUUGGGGAAUCAAGGACGCUGAAAGUCAAUCUGCGAAAUAAUUCUUUUAUAACACACUCGCUGAAGUUUUUAAGUCCCAGAGAGCCAUUCUACGUCAAACAUUCCAAAUACUCUCUGAGAGCCCAGCACUACAUCAACAUGCCGGUGCAGUUCAAACCCAAGUCCGUGGGCAAAUUCGAAGCUUUGCUUGUCAUUCAAACAGACGAAGGCAAGAGUGUUGCUGUUCAACUAAUUGGUGAAGCUCUUGGAAAAAGUUAACUAGAAUACAUUUUUUGUAAAGUAAAUUGCAUAAGUUAUAUUUUGGUAACUUCAUUUUUCUACACUACAAUGAUGCUUUUUGUAUAUAUUUUGUAUGAUAAAUUGGAUAUGUAUAACCGUAGAUUUUUUUGUUUUUAGAAACUAAUACUGAAGAUUUGACUAAAAUAUCAUGUAUGUAGCCUACAGUAUUGUACUUAACUUUUAUAGGAGAGAAGAGAAUUCUAUUUUUGCAUUGAUUAUGAUAUUCUGAAUAAAUAUGACAUAUAUUUUAA